GCCGGGGGGGCCGCGGCCAUGGAGCGCGGGGCCGGAAACAAGGCUGUGCAGCUGUUUUCACUGGUUGUCAGAUUUCAGAAAAUCUGUAUGGGAGCUUUCUCUUGAGGGACGAAUGGGCUUCCAGAAGAUGCUUCAGUGGCGAUACGUCUCUCACAGCGCAAGUUAUGAAUGAAAUUCAUUAACCAACAUCCCCUUCCUCACCCUGAUCUCCAAUAGACUUCCCGUAACACUUGGAAGAAAGGGUCAGGGGAGAAGGGUUGAAGGUCACCAUGAAGCUAAAGCAGCGAGUUGUGCUAUUGGCCAUCCUCCUUGUCAUCUUCAUUUUCACUAAAGUUUUCCUCAUUGACAACUUGGACACCUCAGCUGCCAACCGGGAGGACCAGCGCGCCUUUCACCGAAUGAUGACAAACCUCCACGUGGAGCUGGAUCCUCGGCUUGACCACACCUUGCAGUCCCCUUGGGAGAUUGCAGCCCAAUGGGUGGUGCCCCGUGAGGUGUAUCCCGAGGAGACACCCGAGCUGGGGGCCGUUAUGCAUGCCAUGACAACAAAGAAAAUAAUAAAAGCUGAUGUGGGAUACAAAGGGACCCAACUGAAAGCUUUGCUAAUACUUGAAGGAGGACAGAAAGUUGUCUUCAAACCCAAGAGAUAUGCCAGGGAUUAUGUAGUGGAAGGAGAACCAUACGCUGGCUAUGACAGACACAACGCAGAAGUGGCAGCCUUUCACUUGGAUAGAAUUCUGGGUUUCCGACGAGCUCCACUGGUGGUUGGCAGGUUUGUGAAUCUACGUACGGAGAUCAAACCAGUAGCUACAGAACAGCUUCUGAGUACCUUCAUGACUGUGGGUAAUAACACUUGCUUCUAUGGGAAGUGCUACUAUUGUCGGGAAACAGAACCCGCUUGUGCAGACGGGGACAUCAUGGAGGGGUCAGUGACUCUGUGGCUACCAGAUGUCUGGCCGCUUCAGAAACAUCGACACCCAUGGGGUAGGACUUACCGUGAAGGCAAACUUGCCAGGUGGGAGUAUGAUGAAAGCUAUUGUGAUGCUGUGAAGAAGACUUCCCCCUAUGACUCGGGCCCCCGUCUGCUUGAUAUCAUUGACACUGCUAUCUUUGACUAUUUGAUUGGGAAUGCUGACCGGCAUCACUAUGAGAGCUUCCAAGAUGAUGAGGGAGCCAGUAUGCUCAUCCUCUUGGAUAAUGCCAAAAGCUUUGGAAACCCUGCCCUGGAUGAAAGAAGUAUCUUAGCUCCUCUGUAUCAGUGCUGCAUCAUCCGGGUUUCUACCUGGAACAGACUCAAUUACCUGAAGAAUGGAGUACUGAAGUCUGCCUUAAAAACUGCGAUGUCUCAUGACCCCAUCUCACCAGUGCUUUCUGACCCGCAUCUGGAUGCCCUAGACCAGAGGCUUCUCAGCAUUCUGGCUACAGUGAAGCAGUGCACAGACCAGUUUGGGCCAGAUGUUGUGCUGGUGGAAGACAGGAUGACACUGUCUCAUUUGUAAUUGUAGUGGAACACAGAUGAAACUCCUUUUUUUAAAAACAAAAAAGCAAACAAACAAAAAGCUAUAGAAAAACAGCACAAUCAGUUCGGAAAGGCUGUGGCCAAGAUGGACUGAGAUGAACAGGAAAGCUUCUGGGCCAGAAAACAGAGGUGACGCUGGCUUUUACCUUGGGCUGACAGCAGUGAGAGGUGGGAAACUGGAGCCUUGGAUGGCUCAGUACCCGUAAUGGCAUCUUGGCCAUUGUGGUGUGUCCAUUGCUGGCAGUGGACACAGCACUGGAUAAAAAUGGCUCUGGGUGUUGGUGGAAGUGUGUGGAACACAGACACUGAUUUGUGGACCGAACCUAGAGGGGACAAAUGGAGAUGAACAGUGCAAUCUUCUCCCCUUCUCCUCCCCACAUAUACUCUUGAGAGUGUUUGUCUGAUUUCAGGGUUGUACGUAAUCAGCUGGGAGCUGGUUAGGCAUUUUACUGCUUCUUUAGAGAAAGAGGAAGUGGUGAAUAAAAUAAUUAUUAGACUGAAGAAUUGUGCCACCCCCUUGGGGGUGGGAAGUUCUUUGGAAUGCCAUUGGGGUGGGAGAGGGCACCUCUGCUGCUCAGUUGUCCUUUCCUCAAUAAAAGGCUGGGAAAGGGGUUUGCCUCAUUUGUGAUCAUGCUUCAGUGUUUUCACUGAAGCCCUAUCAAAGAUUUAUCCACAGGGUUGGAGAUUUAGGAGAGGGUACAGGGUGGUUACACAGCACUUGGUAGUUACGGGGUUAAAGUAAGUUUCUACAUGUCUUUAUAAGGGAUCUGGCAAGGUCUGACUAGAAUAAAUAUCCUUGCAGGCCUGUGUCCAUAUUAACUGAAUUUUCAUUAUAUCGUAGCUGAGGAGAGGGACAGAGUCUGUCCUUGGGAGCAGGUUCCAUUGGGUGAGGUCACGCUGCUUAAUGUGUCCUGUUGGAUGUGGGGAACAUGGAGGUGUUGCACUGGGGAAAGAGAGUGGUCUUGCUGGCCUUCCUCAGUAACCAGCAGCCAUGGGCAAGGCCCUGAAGCAGGGGAAGAACCCUGAGCUGUGCUUUUCCUUCUUCACCUCGCAUGGAGAGUGCUGCUCCAUGUUGUAACCACAGCAGCUUUUGAGUCCCACUGUCUACCUGGCCUGGCUUGUGGCUGAGCUCUGAAGCUGUCAGCUUUUCCAGUAAGAUUUCUGCCUUUCCCAGCUGCUUCUUGCAACCCCCAGUGUGAUGCUCUGACUGUGGAGGUCCUCACUCCUAAUGGUUUUGCCCUAGACAUGGGAGGGUUGGGGUAAGUUGGUUUUCCAGGGCAGACUAGUCCUGUCAUCCUUCAGCACCGUGUCAGCCUGUACUGUGGAGGAGCUUGUGGCCGUACAACUCAUCACACUGGUGGUGGGUCUGAGCCUGUGUCUUCAGAAGGAAAGCAGCUGUGUCAUUACGUUUUCAAAUUUAACAGCUUUGCAUCAAUUUUCAGUUCAGACAGUAUGGUCCUUAGAAGUAAGGCAAGAGCUCACUUCCCAAAGUGAUUUUGUGUUGUUGGACUUGUGAGCAAGAGCAGCAAAAUGUCAGUUCAAGGCCUUUUCCUUGAUUUGUCUGUCAAGAUCUUUCCAGCUCUGCAGUUGUGUGGUGGGCAGAUAGAGCUGUUUCCUGUUCUUGUACCUGCUGCCAUACCUGAUCAAAGGUGCUAGUGAGAGAGUUUAUUGUUAAAAUGCAUUUUUAUUUUGUUUGUCUUUUUUUGUCAUUGCCUGAGCAGGGUAUCUUGAAAGUAUAAUGCAACUGUUUACCUGAAAUUGAGUUUUGUGUUCUUCUGGAUCUCUUCUGGAUGUGGCCACGUCGUAGACCUGCCUCAGAGUUGGGAUGGGAUGUGGGAUUAUUUAUUGGGGUUACCAGUCAGGAUUACAAGGCACAGCCAGCUUUUAGGACACUGGUGUUAAGCUAGUGCCUGUUUAUUCCUGUACCUGAUUAUAUAGCACAUACUUUAGAAGGGGGCCUUUGGAGAGUUUAACCCACGGAUUUGGGUUGUGCCUCGGGGCUUCCCUUGGGGCAGGAGCAUGUGCUUGGCUGACAGUGAGUGUGGGCAGGGAUGGCCCUGCUCCUGAGCCAGUGGGUGAGGAGGCAGGAAGGACUAUGGGCAACAGUGAUGUGGAUAGAGAAUGCUUUUAUUGUAAAGCAGAAUAGGUUGAUACUGAGGCAUUUUGGCAUAAACUGUUUCCCUGGAAAUUGAAGAUUAUUUACCCAAAGGGGAGACAGUGAAGAAGCACAUGGUAGUGGCUUUUAACAUUUUUAAAAGCAUGUUCUUCUCUUUGAGCUUAAUCAUGAGCACUUAAUAUUUUGGGAAGGAUCUACCAAAAUGUGAUGUUUUGAUUUCUAUAUGAUCACUCUUGAUCAUUUACAUUUGAUUUAAUAAUGGUUUCAAAAAAAUGUCUUUGUGAAAUCAAAUUAGGGUUCAGGACUUAAGCCUUGCUUGUUCACAGGGCUCUAAACUGCAGCUUUUGCCAUCAGUUGGAACCUGGGGCUAAGUUUUUCCCUGGUAUGAAUGUCAAAGAUUGAAAGCAGUGUAUUGGUCUUUUUGUGAACAAAGGUCAUGGAGUUCAGCAUCAUCAGUACGAGUAAGCAAGAAAUGGUUUCUUUUUUUUCUUCUUUGUUUUGGUCGUAUUUAUGCUUCUGGUCACAGUAAACGCCAGUGCAGCUUGGUGUUCUGCAGCAGGAAAGAAGAAUAAAUUCCUCUCUUACACAGAAUCAGGAAGGUCUGAUUUCGGCCCCGUGAUAAUCUCUGGCAUUUUGGCAGUGAUCAUUGUUUUGCUUGGAUACAGGACACUGAGAAAUUUCAAAUGGUGACCAUUGCAGGGGAAAUCAGAAGCAGCAUCCACAUGCGAACAGGGUUCACUUGAACCUCUGAAAAACAGCAUAAUGUGUGAGGCAGGUGCUGUGCUCUGUCGAGGAGGUUUUCAUGACACCUUCUAACUCUUGUUCACUGUGCAGACUGUAAUCUGCCAGCUCCAGAUGUUACAAACUGGUUGUGUUGCAGGUAUUAGUAAUAUCAGAGUGCUUGAAGCACAGAAAUCAAGAACUAAUUAAAAAGAGAGCAUCAUCAACCAUCUGCUAUUUAUCUCCUCCUUCCCAAGUCAGCAGUCAGGCUGGAGGAGGCACUGAAGUCAGCUCCUCUUCCAGCAGCUGAUGAACUGGGGUGUGUCUUGCCAAACUUCAACUGAGAAACAUUAAUUUAUUAAGAAGGUAAUUUAUUUGCUGUGGCAGCUGGAGCAAGAUGCUCAAAACAGACACCCCUCUUGGAGCUGUCAGAGGAUUGCCCCUGGGAGCAGCUACACAAAUGGAGGUUGCUAAUAAGAAAACAGAAUGCAAUCAUGACUUUCUACUUGUAUCCUCCAGGGUCAGAUUCUGCAUAAAGCAACAUUGUGUGAAUAAAGAUUUUAAUAAAGCAACAUUGAUGGA